GGAGUCUGUGGUAAGGUGGCGUAUCGUCUCUCUCCGCGUUCCCCCCCUCGCCGUUUACAUGUGGAAAAGAGAGACAGAAAAAAAUAACCCACACUCCAGGCUUCAGUCCGGUUCGGAUGAGGGGCACAGACACCGAGCACCGACCCGCGGACAUGGACCUACGGAAUAUUUAACGUCAAACAUGGACACUACAGGCUCCCCGCGAUGACUGUGCUCGUACCCUUGGCACUGUGAGGAGCUCUGCCUGCGUGGACACAAUUUAGUAGCAUCAGCCCUCCUUUAUCCCCUCUUUCCCCAUAACCCCUUCCCUUCCUCACCCUUUGCCAAUCCUAGCCACCCACAGACCAGCUUCUCUGUAGAUGAUUCUUGCUCUUAUGUAACAUAGGAACACAUAGGUAUACUGAUCACUUAUUAUGCAGGUUGGACUUCUUUAAAGAGGGACAGGAGUGAGUGUGAGAGAGUAAAACAAAAAAAAAAAAUACAAAGGCAAUAAAGAUAAGAUAUGUGGACUUGACCAAAGGAAUGAUAUUUUUGGAAAACUGAAUAUGUAAAGAUUUAUAUUUUGUACUUUAAACUUUUAUCAUAAAUCUCUUAAAAUCCAAGGCACGAUAUUUUGCACGCACAAUCCCCUAUUUAAUUUUCUUUGUAACUUGACACACACGCCACAGUCUCAUGAUGAUGUGCGAGGUGAUGCCCACCAUUUCUGAGGAUGGGCGAAGUGGAUCGGGUGGAGGCCCUACCUCUCCUGCUGGGGCGGGAGUCGGAGGCCCUGGAGGUGCGAUGGGAGGCGGAGGCUUCAGUGGGAGGGAACCCAGAGGCGGAGGAGAUGAAGGAGGCAGCACGGGAAACCUGGAGUCGCUCAUGGUCAACAUGCUGACAGAGAGGGAGAGGCUGCUGGAGAACCUGAGGGAGACGCAGGAGAGUCUGGGCACGGCUCAGCUCCGCCUGCGAGAGCUCGGCCACGAGAAGGAGUCUCUUCAGAGGCAGCUAUCUAUCGCUCUGCCACAGGAGUUUGCUGUGUUGACUAAAGAGCUGAACGUUUGCCGGGAGCAGCUUUUGGAGAGGGAGGAGGAGAUUGCUGAGCUGAAGGCGGAGAGAAACAACACACGUUUGUUGCUGGAGCACCUGGAGUGUCUGGUGUCUCGUCAUGAGCGCAGUCUGAGAAUGACAGUAGUGAAAAGGCAGGCCCAGUCCCCAGCCGGGGUCUCCAGUGAGGUGGAAGUCCUAAAGGCCCUCAAAUCUCUGUUUGAGCACCACAAGGCUCUGGAUGAGAAGGUCCGAGAGAGGCUCCGUGUGGCCCUUGAGAGGGUGUCCAUGUUAGAGGAUCAACUUGCAGCGUCUUCUCAAGAGGUAAUCUCUUUAAAAGACCAAAUUAAAAGACGUCAACAAGGGGUGGACGGCGGGAAAGAUCGACUACCCAAUGGUCCCUCUUCCAGCCUGGAGGAUGGAGAGCUGGAAAGACAGAGAGAAGGAGAGAUAGAGCGGCAGAGAGCUGAACUCUCCCAGCUUCGGGAGAGGUUGGCCCUCAUGUGUCGACAGGUUGGGGAAAUAGAGGAACAGCUUGCGGCCGCCAGGAGGGAGGUGACGAAGUCGGAGGAGGCCAAUCAGAAGCUCCAAAGGGAAGUGAAAGAGGCCCUUUGCCAAAGAGAGGACAUGGAGGAAAGGAUCACAACACUAGAACGCAGGUACCUCAGCGCCCAGAGGGAGGCGACUUCUCUCCAUGAUAUCAAAGACAAGCUGGAAAAUGAGCUGGCCAGUAAGGAGUCACUGCACAGACAGAGUGAAGAAAAGAAUAGACAGCUACAGGAACGUUUGGAUGAAGCCAAGCAGAAACUCCAGCAGACCCUCCAGAGGGCAGAGACGCUGCCGGAGAUCGAAGCCCAGCUCGCCCAAAGAGUUGCAGCCCUUAACAAGGCAGAGGAGCGACAUGGAAACUUUGAGGAGCGACUACGGCAAAUGGAAGCCCAGUUGGAGGAGAAAAACCAGGAGCUACAAAGGGCGAGACAGAGGGAGAAGAUGAAUGACGAACAUAACAAACGCCUCUCAGAUACGGUGGACAAGCUUCUAUCUGAAUCUAAUGAGAGACUGCAGCUCCACCUUAAAGAGAGGAUGGCUGCACUCGAGGAGAAGAAUGCUCUGUCAGAGGAACUGUCAAACAUGAAGAAAAUCCAAGAUGACCUUCUAGCUAAUAAGGAACAGCUCCUCGCUGAGCUGGAGCGAAUCCAACUGGAGCUGGAUCAGCUGAGAGGCAGACCUGGCUCUUCUUAUUCCAGGGCGGGCAGCGUGAGCUCACUUCCCUCCACCCUUUUUCGAAGAUCUCUUCCAGGGAGCGCCUCGGAGCUGCGGUACCCCCAGGGUGGUGGCUCGCUCCCGGCUGGCUACGGCAGCUCCUCUGGUGGGGUGGUGGUCAGGCGGGCGCACCGCGGCCGGUGGGGGCAGAGAGAUGACAGUAAUAAGUACGGUGAGUGGGACAGUGGGACUAUGCUGGGUCCAGGUUUUGAAGGGGGUGUGGAGGGAGGCUGCUCUGACGACGAGGACGACAGGGAGACUCUGUUUGGAUCUGAGCUGCUGUCCCCCAGUGGACAGACGGACGUACAGACGCUCGCCAUCAUGCUUCAGGAGCAACUGGAGGCCAUCAACAAAGAGAUUAAACUGAUUCAGGAGGAGAAGGAGAGCACCGAGCUGAGGGCAGAGGAAAUUGAGAGUCGGGUCAGCAGUGUGGCUCUCGACGCCCCUCUUCCUCCCUCUUCGCUUGGAGGGCGGGACAGUGUCGGGAGGGGCUACAUGACACCUUCCAUCACCUCCUCGACUUUGGCGUCGCCCUCACCUCCCAGUUCUGGACAUUCCACCCCUCGCCUGCCACAUUCCCCAGCCAGAGAGACCGAUAGACAGAAUAGCAAAGAGGGUGAAGAAUGCAGAGCUCUUGCCCUGAUUGACUCCACCCCUCCUCCUGUUCCUCGAGCACUACGAUUGGACCGAAUGACACACACUCAUCCAGGGGCAGGUCUCGAUGACCACCGGGAAUUUCGCAGUCUCUCUGCUGAUGGAGCCACUACUGCAAGCCAAGAUUCCCUCCACAAAGCCAGCAAAAAGAAAAGCAUUAAGUCGUCCAUUGGUCGUCUUUUUGGCAAAAAAGAAAAAGGAAGAAUGGGCACACCUGGGCGUGAAUCUGCCUCACUGGCUUCCACUCCUUCUGAUGACCUUGGUUCAGCUGAUCCUUUAGGCCUGGCUAAACUAGGCACUGGAACAGUGGAAAAAGACCGCCGGAGCAAAAAGAAGCACGACCUGUUAGAGGAAGCCUGUCGUCAGGGUCUACCUUUCGCGUCAUGGGAUGGCCCCACUGUUGUUACAUGGCUAGAGCUGUGGGUAGGGAUGCCAGCAUGGUAUGUCGCAGCGUGUCGUGCCAAUGUGAAGAGCGGCGCCAUUAUGGCCAACCUUUCCGACACUGAGAUCCAAAGAGAAAUUGGCAUCAGCAACCCUCUUCACAGGCUCAAACUCCGCCUGGCCAUCCAGGAAAUGGUGUCCCUCACCAGUCCGUCUGCACCCGCCAGCACUCGUUCUUCAACGAGCAAUAUUUGGAUGACACACGCUGAGAUGGAAUCUCUCACUGCUGCCACCAAGCCAGAGCAGAAGGAGUUCAGCUGGGACCAGAUCCUUGCCUAUGGAGACAUGAACCAUGAAUGGGUAGGAAAUGAAUGGCUUCCCAGUCUGGGUCUGCCCCAGUACCGCUCCUACUUCAUGGAGUCGCUGGUCGAUGCCCGCAUGCUGGAUCAUCUCACCAAGAAAGAACUGAGGGGGCAGCUGAAGAUGGUGGACAGUUUCCACAGGGUGAGUCUUCACUACGGCAUUAUGUGUUUGAAACGCUUGAACUAUGACAGGAAGGAGCUGGAGAGGAGGAGGGAUGAGAGUCAACAUCAGAACCAAGAUGUGAUGGUGUGGUCCAAUGAGCGGGUGAUGUGUUGGGUGCAGUCUAUCGGCCUCAAAGAGUUUGCAGACAACCUAUUAGAAAGCGGGGUCCACGGGGCCCUCCUGGCACUAGAUGACACUUUUGACUACACGGACUUGGCCCUCCUUCUUCAGAUACCCAAUCAAAAUACACAGGCGAGGCAGCUCCUAGAGAAGGAGUACAAUGCACUCAUCUCCAUGGGAACAGAGCGGCGGCCAGAUGAGGAUGGCACAAAAACAUUUACACGGUCACCAUCAUGGAGGAAAAUGUUCCGAGAGAAGGACCUCCGCGGCGUGACUUCCGACUCCUCAGAAACAUUACCUGCCAACUUCCGUGCCUCCGCCAUCUCGACCCCGUCUGUCACCCUGAGAAAAGUCCAGAGUGAAGUCAACUCUGGUCAAAGAGGAGAGUCGGGGUCUGUGAGAACGUAUUCCUGUUAAAAGAAAAGCACACCAGAAACCCCUCCCCCUCCUCCUCCAUCUUAACCCAAGGAAAAAAAAAAACACACAUUUUUCAAGAAAAAAAAAAAAAAAAUCAACGGAAAAGGAGAAAAUCUGAAUGGACUCUAGAAGAUGACCAACCCUUAUUCGAGCCAAGAGUCUCGAAGAAUCAAAGACACUGAGUGAAUGAUUUCUGUAAAGAUGAUUAAAAAAAAUGAGUGAAUGUCUGUUUAUCCAUUUGUUUCUCUCUCUCUCUCUCUUUCUCUCACUCUCUCUCUCUCUCUCUCUCACUCCAUCUUGAUCCAUAGUUGUGGCAUGAUGCUGUUUGAUUCUGUAGAAAGUGGCCUGUAGAAAGUGACCAUCGCCUAUUGUGAUUUCAUCUUCUAUUUUUGAGUGUGAGACGGCAGUAUUGACACAACGAACUUAUAGUUUUUAAUUGGGAAAAAAAAAAAAAAAAAAAAACGCAUUCCUAUUCCGAUCAAGAGAACGAAAACCCGGCACACAUCCCUUCAGGUGAUCUUACUGUGAUUUAGACCGAUAGGAGAACAUACUCAGUCUAAUAACAUCACAAUCCAGGACAGGACAGUCUGGGGAAAGGGAGGUUUUAGAGGGAGAAUGCAAGUGCACACAGGUGAAACGAAGUGUAUGUUCUUAAGCCAUAACAGACAAGAGAUGCACAAAUGUGAAUAGGACAGACAAUGAGACACGUAGCAAAGUGCUUUUUGACAAAAUCCUGUUCAAACUGAUAAAAAAAAGAGUUAAGCAUUUGUGUUAAUAUGCAUGCCAAAAUCAACCAUUUUAGAGUGAACAUCAUGAUAUCAAUCAUCUAAUGAUGUGAAAGCUUGGGUAAGGAAUUUGUAAAAUGUGUGUAUUUUAUUUUUAUCAUUUUUUAUGAUAACUGCUAUUGUAUGUAUGUAUGUAUGUACAGUAUGUAUGUGUGUGUAUUAAACUGUAUGUUCAUUUCAUACUUAGUUUUAAGACUGUAAUUUCAUUUUAGGUUGAAAAAGGAAAUAUGUUUUAAAAUAUGGACAUUUGAGAUAUGCUACUUGUAUGUGUACAUUUUGAAAA